GCUUCCGGCCGGGGCGAGCGUCUCAGACUGCGGCGCGCUAACUGCCUCGGGUGGGCGGCGGGCUCCGGCGGGUGCUGGUGGUUCCGGGCCCGCGGGCGUCGGGAGCGGGGCUGAGAGUCGUGCUCGUCAGAGCGGCGCCGCGGACCCGGGGGCGGCCUCCAGGAGGUAACGGAGCCGCGCCUUCCCGGCGGCAGCGGCGGCGGGGCGAGGCGGCCAUGUUCGGGGGCCUGCGGCGGGAGUGUCGGUUGGGAGGCCGCUCGUCGGGCGCUCUGCGAAUGUGGCGCCGCGGCUCGCGGCUGGUUCCCGCCCCGAGGCUGCACGGUGCUCGCCGGCCCGCGCUGUCCAGGUUCCCGCCUCCGCUGGCUCUGCUGGUAUUACCGCGGGAGAACCGGGCGUCCGGCCUCGGAGGGCAGCGUCUGCCGACGCCAAAGCGUGGGAAGUGUCCCUUGGUUCCGGAGCCCGCCGUUUGAAGAAUAUUGGGCCUCAGUCAUCAAAGGUGGUGCUGGCCGGGUGUCCCACACAGGAGCAGAAUUCCUAUUGCAGAAUGAUGAUGGUAGAUCCGAAGGUGGCUGAGUACUUGAACCCUCAGAUCAGGGCUCUGUGGGAAACCAGAGGACCUGUGACAGAGAGUGCCAGUCAGAAUAAGAAGCAUACUCCACAGAUGGACAGUCUCAGCCUCGAGAGCUCUCGCCAGUACUUCCGGAGCUUCUGCUAUCAUGAAGCAGACGGACCUCGAGAAGCUGUGGGCCGACUUCAGGAAUUAUGCUUUCAGUGGCUGAGGCCAGAGAUCCACUCAAAAGAGCAGAUCUUGGAACUGCUAGUGCUAGAGCAGUUCCUGACCAUUCUGCCCAAAGACACUCAGAUCCACAUAAAGAAACACUGUCUGCAGAGCAUUGAGGAGGCUGUGGCCCUGGUAGAACACUUGCAGAGGGAAUCUGGUCAAGUGAAGAAUGGGGUUGCAGUCCAUGAGCUGGGAAAGGAGGCAGUGCUCUUGGGAGAAACCUCAGAGGCCCCAGGCUUCAAGCCGAAGCCAGCAGAGCCCCAGCGAGUGGGCAUAUCCCAGGAUGAAGAAUUUUGGAAUACAUACCAGGGUCUGCAAGAACAGCUGAGCAGGAAUACUCAUAAAGGAAGUCAGCCUAUAUGUGAGAGGGCUGUGCCUGCUCACCAGAUCCUAGCCUUUCCUGAGCAGACACACACCAAAGACUGGACAGUGGUACCUGAGCUCGUCUUGCCUAAAUCCCAGAGCUCGUUGACAUUUGAAGAAGUGGCCAUGUAUUUUUCCCAGGAAGAAUGGGAGCUGCUGGAUCCCACUCAGAAGGCCCUCUACAAUGACGUAAUGCAGGAGAACUAUGAGACUGUCAUCUCUCUAGCUGUGCCUGCUCACCAGAUCCUAGCCUUUCCUGAGCUGAGAAACACCAGAGACUGGACAGUGGUACCUGACCUUGUCUUGCCCGAGUCCCAGAACUUGACAUUUGAAGAAGUGGCCAUGUCUUUUUCCCAGGAAGAGUGGGAGCUGCUGGAUCCCACUCAGGAGGCCCUCUACAAUGACGUAAUGCAGGAGAACUAUGAGACUGUCAUCUCUCUAGCAUUAUUUGUGCUCCCAAAACCUAAAGUGAUCUCCUGUCUAGAGCAAGGGGAAGAGCCAUGGGUUCAAGGAUCCCUGGAGUUGAAGGACACCUCUAGAAAGCUGCCUGUAGGUCUAAAGCUAAAAAAUUACACUGGAAAUCAUCAGUCUGUGUGUCUUUCUUCCUUAGAAAUAGAAGCACAAGCAGAGAUAGUACCAAAAAAGGCCAGAGUGAAAUAUCCCCAGAAAACAAUGGGUAAAGAAAAUCAUGGUGAUCUGCACAGGGUGGGGAAAUGGCACCGAGAUUUUCCAGGGAAGAAAAGAAAGAAACUCUCAACCUGGAAACAAGAGCUGCUGAAACUUAUGGAUCUUCACAAGAAAGCUCGCACAGGAGAGAAGCCUUUUAAAUGCCAGGAAUGUGGGAAAAGCUUCAGAGUCAGCUCUGAUCUUAUUAAGCACCAAAGAAUUCACACUGAAGAGAAACCAUAUAAAUGUCCACAAUGUGGUAAGAGGUUUAGGUGGAGUUCAGAUCUUAAUAAGCACUUAACAACACACCAAGGAAUAAAACCAUAUAAGUGCUCAUGGUGUGGGAAAAGCUUCAGUCAGAAUACAAAUCUACACACACACCAAAGGACUCAUACUGGAGAGAAGCCCUUUACAUGUCAUGAAUGUGGAAAAAAAUUCAGUCAGAACUCUCAUCUAAUCAAACACAGGAGAACCCACACCGGUGAGCAGCCUUACACGUGUACCAUAUGCAGGAGAAACUUCAGCAGGCGGUCAAGCCUUCUUAGACACCAGAAACUUCACCAAUGAAGGGAAGCUUAUCAGCUGUCUUGAGUGUGAAGAAAUUCAAGUGAAGACUGACCUAGAUUUUAUGAAAAAUACAAAUUUAUGAACCAUGUAGAAUUUUUCAUCAGUGGAAAAUUUGAAGAUAGAAACAUAAUUGAAACAGGAAGCAAUCAAGGUUAACUGUGCAGGAUAUGUGUUAUUACUACUUAAAAGUGUUCUGACUGAUAACCUUCAGGGAAUUCCUUAGCAAGCAAGGUGUUCUAAGAACAUUCCAAGUAAGUAAAAAAGCUAUUCUGGGAUUAUACCUGGCCAAAUAGCAAAUUCAGCCUCAAAUAGUGAUUGCAGCUUUGAGUCUGUCUUUUCUGAUCAUACUGAACAUUCUUAGGGUUGCAUUGAUUUCCCUAUUCUUUCUUAAACACAUGAGAGGAACAUUUGUGGCAUGGUCUUUCAAAACAAAAAGCAAUAAUGUGCACUUUUAAAUGCAUACCAUUGUCUUCAAGGUAGUUAAUUUACUAAUUUCAAGAGUUCCAUGAGUCAAAUGAAUUCCAGUGAAAGUUUACCACGAACCAAAUUAGAUUUUCUUCCUUUCUCUUGUUGGACAUUGUUCAGAGUUGGACAUUGAAUCCCUUCUUGAACAUUUUGGCAACGUUAGCUCUUGAAUCUUAGCCUAGUUUUUACUGUGAUAAAAUUAUAUUUACUUCUCUACUAGGGAAUGUGACAGAAGACCUACUAAUGAACUAUUUCAUGCCUCAUUGGUGGUGGUUGAAAAAAGGGAAACAUCUCCAAUGAGAUCAUAUGGAAACAGGUUGCAAUUUUUAGCCAUGGAAUAUAUUAAAUGUAAAGAAGAAUUCUCUGCAAUCAACUACACUGGUCGCUUACCUCACAAUCAAUAGGACAUAAAUAACCAUAAAUUUUAGCACUUUUCCUGAGGCCUAAAAGACAAUUGGAGAUUAAGAUCAACUCAGGGUUUUUUUAUUGCUUUUUAUUUUCUCUUUUAUUUGUUACUAAGAAGAAGGUGAGAGUUAUAUUUGGGACUGGAGUGUAUGCUGCCGCCAGGAUGUGGAUCAGUGCGCACGGUGACUGGGAUGCCAGUCAGCAGGAGACCCAGUUCCCAAGAGGAAAGGGUUGGGACCUGGUUCUGCGUGCUGGGCAAGGGUAGGUGAAAGCACACAAGUUGUCUGUCUGACACUGGAAGCUGUUCAGCAG